GUUUAGCAUUUGCCAUCGGAAAGGCAAUCGAGUCAGAAAUGCGGUGUUGGGUUGAUGGAGCGUUUAUUUAAAUGACUGAUGUGAUGGCAGAAUGCUUUUUUUGCUGACACGGGAAGAAAAUGGCCCUCGGAAACACAGGGAUCCCGAAAGAAAGUUCGAUGGGUCGGUGUGUCCGGAGAUCGUCCUCCAUGAUGUCUCCUCCUCUUUCCAUCCAGUUGCUCAAGAGCCUUUUCCUGCCUUUAGUCGCAUGUUUGUACACCUUUAUGGGAUGCGUCUCUUGUGGAUCUGUGGCAGUAAUGGGAAGCGGAAGCCAUGGCCGUAGUGGUGAAGCAACAGAAAACUGGGGAGUUCUAUCUCAGGGCACUCAGAUAUUUUUAAUCAUUCUUGGAAUAUUCAUGGGAAUCUUUCUGCUCUAUGGAGUAUACAGACUCUAUUUCUGGUGUCAGAAAGAUCCUCGAAGGACGUGAUUGCAUCACUGAAAGUUCCAUUUUCACUGAAUGUACUUCAUUUCGUUGAUUCCUUUUCUUUCCUAAUGUAUAAAUACCUUUUCUGGUAAGAAGAUACAAGUAUCGUUGAAUCGCUUCAAAAGCGAAUGUAAUUUUUAUCUCUCUUGAUUCUACGGCACUUUCCUUUACUUUUUUGACGUAACUUCACGAAUAAUAUCAAUGGAGACAAUGAGUUCUGUGUUUGUGCACUUUUGAGCAUAUGUAUAGCACCUGAUUUGUGUUAAAACUCAUUCAUUUUCGUUACAAAGUCUUUGGCCCGUAGAGAAGUAUUAUAAGCCAAAAUGACUAUUUGAAUGUUGAGUGAAAAAAUUGUCUGGGGAAUUGACUACGUUCUCAAGAUGAAGUUCAUCUUGAGAACGAACAGAGAGAAUCAAGUUUCAAUAAUAGGAGAUUAUUAUGCCUAAUCAGAUGUGUCUGAUUGCCUAACCCUGAAAUAUAUAGCAUUUCAUAUGAACUAUAAACUCGUUGAUAUAUGUCCUUCGACAUCAAUUCAGGAAUUAUGCAUUGCACAUGAAUUAUAUAUAUUGAAUAUAAUAUCCGAAUUAUUUAUAAUUCAAAUGGAUUAUGGUGUCAAUUGCCUUUAUUUAUUAAAACAGACAUAUUUUAUGUUCAGUAUAAAUUUAGAAUAUGUUUAAAAUUUAGUAUGGCUAACUAUUUAUUAAAUUUCCUUAUCUGAACUAAUUAUCAUGAGUUUGCAAUAUAGCAUUUCGGAAUAUUAUUUCAAGUAGAACAAACCGUUAAAAGCAGGAAUUAUCUGCGCAGUUCGAGAUGUCUGGACGAUUUAUCUCGAGAGACAAUCUCUACCUACGAUCAAAAAUCCUGUCACGUAGUUGCUAUACAAUGUAUAACAGAAAUGAAAUUCAAGGGGACGAGUUCGAUAGAAAAUGAUGCAAUGUCGUUUGUUAAUCUUGAGACACAUAUGUCUGAGGAGGAGAUAAUAGACUCGGAUAAGAAAAUGCAAAUCUAGAACUCAAUGAUGCUGCUCUAUUGGUUCACAACACAAUGUAUGAUGUUAGGUUUCAAAAACUAAUUAUAAUUUAUAUAAUAAUAAUAUAUAACCAAAAACUAAAUAUAAUUUAUAUAAUAAUAAUAUAUAACCAAAAACUAAUUAUAAUUAUGUUUUUGUUGUUAAUCUAAUCAAUGAAAAAGUAAUCAUUUUCAAAAAAUAAGAAUGACAAACUAAGGUUUAGAAUUCCAUAGGACAGAAAUUAACUGCCGAAUAGGAAUUUUAUUUGGCAGCAUGAAUAUAAAUAAUUCUUGGUCUUUCAUAAGUCAAGGUAUAGAUUACCAUAUUAAAUGAUAAUCAUGUGAAUAGAAUAUUUAUUCUAUAAGGUAGUAAGAUAAAUCGAAUGUGAAAUGUUUGAGGAUUUUAGACCGCUAUAGAAUCUGUAGCUGGUUAUGGUUUAAUCAUGCAAAAACUGGUUCUGGAUUUUUUGUGAUAAACUCAUGGUCUCUGCAUUCUAUAGUUCUCUAAGAAUUUUAGAACUGGUUGUAGAGCUGAAACAUAGAUUUUGGUAGAAUUGGAAGUUUGUAAAAGAUAAAUAUUUAGAUUUUUGUAAAAUUUUGACCCAGAUCUUUAGAAAUUUAGACUAAAUUUCAAUCCGUGGAUUUUUCUAGGGAUUUAUGGCUCGAAUUAGAUAAUAGGUUGGGUUUGAAGUGGUUGUGUAUGAUUGUAUCGUCGUUAGUUAUCUAUCAACAAAGAUAAUUUAUGGCCAUAUAACCGCUUAAAGAAAUGCCAGUUAAAGGCGAAAAAUCGCCUUUAAAAGAAUUUUUCGCUUAAAAUGUCUUUUAUAUGUUAAAGAGAAAAUCCAGAUAAGUUUUAAAGCUCAUUAAAAGUGCAAAUGAAUUAAAAUUUUCUAAAACGAUUCUAUGUAAUUAACACUGAAAUAUGAAAAAGAAUUGAAUUUGCUGACAGUAUCUCGAAAAAGUGAUCGUGUACUUUCAGAGCUCAUCGAAAUGAUGUUUUAUAUAUCCAUAAAAUUAACUGUUUCAAAAAGAUAUUAUUUUUAAAAAAUAUAAUACUUUUAUUACAUUCUUGAAACAACUACAUAAAACAUUUUAAAUACAAAAUAAAAUUUAUUUAUGAUAAAUUAACUACUAAGAAUAUAACCAAAAAUAAUCGAAUACUUAAAAAAAAGCACAAGUUACAUAUCAUUAAAUGUAGUGAUAUUUUUGUUAAAUACUAAUAUUUUUAGUAACCUUAGUAACUAACACUUAGUUGGCUAUCUUUUAGGAUUCAAAAGAACGUUUAAAUGUUCAGGCACUGAGUAUACUUUCUGUUUGUAUUUCUACUCUUCAGUGCUUGCUCCGUUAUUCACAAACAAGCACAUUUUUCAGAAUUUUUUGUUGUAAUUUUGUGCUUUUGAGCUGUAAUUUCCAGUGCUUCCAAAUGCACUUAAUUGAGGUAAUUAAAUUCAGUGAUUUAAUUAAGUUUAAUAUUUAGGAUUUCCAGACAAUUAUAAAGAUACAGACGCAAACAUUAUGAGUUGUGAAGGCGUUUUGAAUUUUGGUUUUAUUUAGAUUCUUUCUUAAUGUAUUCAAAUCAAAACAAUUAUCUUUGUCCUCAUGAAGCACCAAAUUAUAUAGUUUUGAUGUUGACAUGCAUCUUUAUGUAAAAAUGCCUCAAUCGCCAUAUUUCAGGAUACCAACUAAGUUCUUAGAAUUCACUUCCACAUUUUUCUUCUUCUACACGGCAUUAUAUGUUUUUACAACAAAAAUGCUUGAUUUGUUCUUCUUAGCAAAGAAUGUUAUUUGAAUAAGAUUUUUUUAAAAUUUAUCAUUGAAUUCGCCUGAACUAAAACCUGAUAUUUCUCUUCUGAGCUUCCACUAAAAUGCUUCAUUUGUUCUUGUUUGCAAAUAGAAUAUUAUUUGAAUAAGAAGCUGUUUUUAUUUAUCAUUGAAUUCGCCUGAACUGAAACCUGAUCUUUCUCUUCUUAACUUCCACGAAAAUGCUUCAUUUGUUCUUGUUUGCAAGUAGAAUAUUAUUUGAAUAAGAAGCUGUUUUUAUUUAUCAUUGAAUUCGCCUGAACUGAAACCUGAUCUUUCUGUUCUUAGCUUCCACGAAAAUGCUUCAUUUGUUCUUGUUUGCAAGUAGAAUAUUAUUUGAAUAAGAAGCUGUUUUUAUUUAUCAUUGAAUUCGCCUGAACUGAAACCUGAUAUUUCUGUUCUUAGCUUCCACGAAAAUGCUUCAUUUGUUCUUGUUUGCAAGUAGAAUAUUAUUUGAAUAAGAAGCUGUUUUUAUUUAUCAUUGAAUUCGCCUGAACUGAAACCUGAUCUUUCUGUUCUUAGUUUCUACAAAAAUGUUUUCGUUUAACUGAGGCUUAUGCUUGCCACUGAUCUCAAUGCUCGUCGUAAAGUUUUUCGGUAUAACUGAAAGAGAAAACUUUUCACAAGAGAUACAAUUUCUAAGCGUUUAAUCGUGAGCUCUUCACAAUAUUUUUCAAAAUAAACUUCUGAUCACGUCUAGCUAGCUUUGCUUUACUCUUCUAAGUCAUUCUUAAAUAAAUCAAAGAAUUUUUAAGAAAUAUAUAAGCAGAGAUAAUAGCCAAACAUAUUUAAAAUGUCACCAAAUUAGGUUUUAUUCAGAAUUAAAUUGAGAAGCCAUGAAAAAUUAUUGAAUCUAUUUUAUCAAAUUGAGUGCCAGCUACAAGUUUGUUUUUCAGAAUCUUCUAAGUGACCGAUCACUUUUUGGAGCUACAUUGUAUAUAUGCAAGCUUAAUCUUUAAAAGAGUUUGCUUUUUUUUCCUGAAAUUUCAAUCUUAUAAAUUGGAGGCAGAAUAUGCUUCCCAGAAGUUUUAAUUACAAGAAUCAUAUAAAAAAUAUGAAUUUUGGGACAGAAGCACAAAAUUUCUUGAAGUGUCCUUAUAUAGUUAAUAUGGUCCAGGAGAUUCAGUUAAGGACAAUGACAUUUGUACAAUAUAAAUUGUAGCACAAAUUUGAAUUUUCUUAGAUUAUAAUGACAUUUGACAUUUUUAUCUCAUUUAUAGCUGCAUAAAAUAUAUUUUGAAAUUUGUAUUUAAAUUGUAAUUUUAGUAUUUAAAUGAUCAGCAAGUUGAAAGUAUGAUCUUGGAUUUGAUCAAAAUGUUUUUCAAUCAAGGCUAUAGUGUUGAUGAGAUUUUAAAGCAAAAAUCUUGUUCAUUUUUUAAUAUUUAAUUCUCUUUCAUGUUAUUAUAAUUUUACACUUGUUUUUUAUAGAAUUUAAAAUUUCCGAUGAUGCGAGAGCAUGAUUCUGUACUUCUCUAGAUUGGUGUCCCUUUCGCGAAUCGUGAGGAUGAUCGCCAUUAAAUUGUUUGAAAAAAACAACAACAUGAACAUUUAACAUUAUUUGGCGACGAUAUUGCGUUUUUGAGGGAAUUCUGAUGAUAUUGCGUUUUGAAUAAAAAUUCAGUAAAUAACUUCAAAAUUUUCAUUUAUUUUCAGAUAUGUAAAUAUUUUUGUUCGUUCUCAUUCUAUAAUGCUCAUUUUUAUAAUAUUUUCUAAUAUCACUUUAAAACAAUAAUGAAAUCUCUUUAAAAUGUAGUCAUUUAAUAGCCAAAUAUUGCCAAACUGCGCCAAAAUAAAUUUUAAAAAUACUAUAUUAUGCUUGAUGCAUAAAUUUUGUCUACGACUGCAAACUGGAAUUUAAUAUCAGGUACAGGAAUGAAAAAAAGCUGAAAAAUAUGCGCUUUUGGAAUAGAGUUUUUAAAAAGGGAUUUUAAAUUUUAAAAUCUUAUCUAUAAAUUUUGUCUAAUGAAUACAAAUAGGUAACCAGAUAUACCAAAUGGUUUUAUGUCAAAGUAAUCUAUUUUAUACUUUAGAUUACAUAUAAUAUCCUGAUUAAAGUACAAACCGUCUAUUAAAUAAAGUAAUUAGUAAACAAUAGAAGAAUAUUAAAUAAGUAGUUACUGAUUAUAAAUAUUAAUUAGGUAAAAUUCUUUUUAGGAUUUGAAUAUACUAUUAGAAAAGAAGCUAUUAUCUGUUAAGAAUUCUUGAAUCAUUCUAUUAAAUCUUACAUUGAGAUGUAUUUUAGAAAUUUCCUGUGCUUAAGUCUAUAGUGUAAGGCAACUGAAGUUGACUUUAUACAAAAAGCUGCGACCAAGCACACCUUCGUUGAAUGACGUAAUACAGUUUUUACGCGUCUCACAGUUAUAGUAAGAAUUCAAUGAAGUCAAAUAAAUUUUGUUUUCAAUAUAUAUUUUGCUGAACAAAAUACUAAUUAUUGGUGAUAUAUGUUUUCCAUUGAAACAUAUCAGUUAUUUCUAAAUACAGGAUAUUUCAGAAAUCUGGAGUAAUUUUAAAAAUCAAUAAUUAGUUAAGGAAUGAGAAUAGAAAGAUACAAUUUGCAUAAAAAUAACGCAGAAAUAAAGUGUGAUUUUUUUAAUUAUUAAAUCAGAAUUGAUUUGAAACGCAGUUAAUAAUUCAAAUUGCUACACAUUUUUGCAACAGAUGGAGCUAUGUGUUUACUAUAAUCAAUGGCGGGGGAUGAAUUUUCAAAAACUACAAACUCUAUGAAUUAUAAAAUAUUAGACUAAUAUUAACAUUUUACCAAGUUAUUCUUCUAUUGAACUCAUUUAUUUGUAAUAAUAUUUCUAAAAUAGAGUUCUUAUUUGAAUAAUAUUAUAUACAAAUAUGAAUAUUUUAUUAUCAUGAAUCUUAAUAAAUAAAUAAAAAGACACACAAAGUUAUUAAAAUUUAAUAUUAAGAUAGAAUAGAACGAUAAUACGUAGAUUAAGUUAAAAAUAUAUUAAAAUAUGAAAUUCAAGUGUCCACUUUAUUAAAAGAGGAAUAUCAUAAAGGCCUCAGAAUGCCUAGAUUACGGCAUUUCAUAAUAUAGGAUAAAGCUGUGGUAAAAAAUGACGUUUUACAUAGGUUGAAUAUGCCGUCCCUACAUCAAUGGGAUUAUAAACUACACUUUUUACAGAAGUAAGAAGUAUUUUCUUCCAUAUAUUCUGCCAUAUCAUCAGAAAAAAAAACUGGUUUAAUUUCCGUCCUGGCCAUGCAAAUUGCAUCUUUCUGUUUUCGUCUGAAUAAUUGAUAUUUCUAGUUUCUUCCAACAACUGAAACAUCCUGUAUGUUAGGAUGCUACUCUGGAUAUUUAAUUUGACGUUGUAACAUACCACGUGGCUUUCACUUACUGUCAACUUUCGUUGUUGCCAACUAUGACAUUGAAGAAUUGAUAUCUAAAUAUAUAGCCUCUAAAAUUGAGUCAUAGUUUAGUUUGUACUUGCUGGUUCUGCGAACGAGCUUUUUUAAUGUACAAACACUGAAAACAGUGUUUAUUUUCUGAAGGCAAAUGCGUUAUACUUAAUGUAGAUUGUUGCGAUGCUAUCAUAUUUUGAAAAUAAUUGGAUAAAAAGCCAUUUUGUCAUCUUUCACAAAAUACAUUUGGUAACCUGACUUGAAGAAAUAUAACUUAUCCCCACACAACGAAAUGCAGGAUUGGACCAAACAUUUUGUAUGUCUAAGUAUUUAUUAAAUAACUUCUGUGAUUUUUAUUAUCAUUAUCUAUGUGCAUAUUAACCGAUGAAGAAGAAAUGAUUUAAUUUACGAAGUUACGUGAUGAUUUAAAAAGUCUUUCCUUUCUGUUGAUUUUGAAUUUUUCAUUCUUCGUUAGAAACUAGAAAAAAAUUACAUAGUCUUCCAAUAGUAAUUCGGAGUUGGUGAUAUAUAUAAUCGGAUAAAAACAUAGCAUUAUGAGCUAUAAAAGGAUGAUCCAAGAGUUACUUUGUCUAUAAAUUUGCAAAAGAGAUAAUGAAAAGAAACACAUUGAUGAAGAAACAUAUGUUGAAUGUUCAUUAUUUAUAUACCAGUUUAUAUUAAUACUAGAAGUCACUGAAGAUAUUCAAUUCAAUAAUAAACAAUUGUGGUACAGUUCUAGGGACGGGUACCAUUUGGCGAUUUUCCGCCAAAUUUUUCUCGCCAUGCCUCGCGGACGCUGUAAUCUUCAGAAUUUUAUUUCUCAAUAUUAUGACUAUUUUGGCGAUUUUAUCUUUAAAGUUUGGAGCCAAAUUUGGCGGUACCCGUCCCUAGGAUUUAGCCACAAUUGUGAAACCAAAAUUAUUUAUUCAGUAUCAGAUGUUAACAUUUAACUUUUUUAAAUUUUUGAAUGCAUAUCAAGUUUUAUACUUGCCAGAAUUCAGUAACGGCCUCUUAAAUUCGAAAAAAUCAAUAAAAAAGCUACUUUCGAUCAAUUUCAGGCGCUUAUUUUUCUGUAAAUAUAAAUAAUUAUAUGAAUAGGUUUUAAUACCCUUUCAUUAUUUAAUUUACAGAUAAUUCUUUAGUAUUAGUAUAGCAAUAAUAUUGGA